AUGGCUUCGCCGAAUGCAGAAAAUGAAACUGAACACGCUGUAAUAUCGCAAUUUUUUAGUUCCACAAGUCCAUGCAAUGUUCCACGUGUGGAGUCGGAUGUCACCGGUUCUCUUYGCAAURAUGGAACAUUUAGAUGGACAGAGGAACGAGAUAGACUUCUUCUACGACAAAUAGUAUCCCUCGAGCYUUUUGCCUACAAAGCUGGGACUAAAGAAGCAGGUCUAAGGUGGACAGAAGUAGCAGAACGGAUCAACUGCUAUGCUCAUUUCUCAAGUGAACCUAGAGAUCAACGCAGUGUGAGGGAACGUUUCAACAAAUUGUUGGCAGACUUCAAGAAAAAAAGCAGGAAUGAAGAGUCUGCAWGUGGCAUUGCUCCUGAUGACCAAACAGAAAAUGAGAUGAUAUUGGAAGAAGUAGUCGAAAAAAUGAAAUCUCCGCUGAUCCAAGUUGCAAGGGAUGAAAACAAUCAGGAAAAAAAGAGACAAAAUGCCAUAUUCAUUAGGAACAAUGCAAUGGAGACAUGGUCUAAAACAAGAAAGAGUGGUAGUGAAGGUGGUGAUUCGGGUUCAGAGGGGAACGGCCAAGUAGAGCAGGCSUUGACCAAAAGACGUAAAACAAGAAAAGGAGGGUCAGAAGCACUGCAGUACUUGGCUGAAAAAACAGAAGUAGAAACYGCUCUGCGAAAGCAAGAUCUUGAAUUACGCAGAGAAGAAAUGCGUCUUCAAGCAGAACAGCAAAAGGAACAUUACAAAUUGAAACAGCAACAGAUGCAACUUAUGGCUGACRUUGUCAAAAGACUAGCAAAAUAAGUUUUUGCCUUUUAAACCACUCGGUUCUUGUUUGGAUUUGUAUGUUAAAUUACAUUACUUGAUGUAAUGUGAAACGCACUUUAAUAAUACUUUCCACUAGCUAGUGUUUUUGUUCUAUUAGAAAUGCUUUUAUCGAUAUUGUACAGUAUAUCAGUCACAAAACAAAACUAAAGUAUGAGAAACCAAGAUGCGUGUGUUACGUAUGUAAGCUUUUUAUUCAAAACUGCAUUAUUCAACUUAUAGAAAAAAUAUUAUUGUGAAUAUAUAUUGAAUAAUUUUAAGUAUUUAUAAAUAUUUAUUACUGAUCAAAGUGUAGCAACGCAAAUACACAAGCACUUGCGUUGCUCGCGUGAACCAGGCUUAAUAGUCAAUUGGACCAGGUUAUAGUAACUAUUAUUAUAAUAUAACAAUUAUUAAUGUAAUUAUGAAGWUGUAUUACCAGAAGGCAAAUAAACCCAAGAAAAUAGAUGUAA